CCUUAGUAGAGAGGCGUCAAUCAAUCCACUUGAUACCUCUAAUUACAACCACAAUGGAUAUUACAGAUUAUAUUUUCAACCAGAGAGAGGAGGUCCUCUUGGCUGGUGAUUAUAAUGCCUACCGUGCCCAUACCACCCGCAAAUUGCACAAACUCCGCAAGAAGCUCGGGCAGACCACACCCAAAGGCCGGAAAUAUGCUGCCAAACCCCCCGUCAGCGCAGAGAAUGUCAACGGCAAUGUUGCAUAUGUUCACAUCCUACUCCUAAGCUCGGAACGAGCAUGGGCACAAGCACUGCAAAUGAAGUCGGCGCAUUCUGCAGAUCCGUCAGCAAAGGGAAUCACAGGUGCCGCCCGGCGUCACAUCAUCUCGCGACUGCAUAAAUCAGCCGGUUAUGCAAAUGAACUUGUUCUCUUGUUACAAGACCAAGCUUCUGGUGCUACUGAUAAUGAUCUUCUUGAAGCGCGGGCAUACCAUGCCACACUCUCGGGGGCCCUAUCAUUGGAGAAGCGGAAAUGGGAACAGUGUAUGCAAGACUACUCUGUAUCAAGGGUUAUAUAUGCAGCACUUGGUCAAAACAAUAAGAAGGAUGCAUUUCGGGAUCUCCUCUCUGGUACCGUCGACCCCAGUUUGAGAUAUGCCGCAUACCAGAUGAAGCUUCCACGUUCAAAGCCUCUGACCUCUUUGGCCAUCAGCUUUUUCCCGUCGGACGCCAAGCUCAGGUCAGAAGUCGAGAAGGUGGAUCCUAACUGUCUUAAAGAGGAUGCUGCUGGAACAAGGAGAACUGCGGACGGGGAGGUGCAGCAACUUCCCGACAACAUCACAUGGAGGUCACGGACCGUUGCUUUGGAAGACGCCGCAAUUUCCCAGGCUCUCGCAGCAGCAGCGGCGGCGGAGUCUCGCCUCGCCUCGUGGCUCGCAGAUGCCUCGGGCAAAUCCGCAUCAUCGAAGGAUAAGGCAGCUGCCUACGAUAACGUCAUUAUUGCCAGCCAAGAUGCCGUGGAUGCUACAAAGACGGCCAUCGAUGACCUUGUCAGUGAGGGCGUAGAUCUUGGCGACAAAAGGAUGCAGAGCUUGCAGAUUACCCGCACUGCCGUCAAUUUUGCUCUGGUAGGGUGGAGAGUUGGGCGUAAUCGCGUAUUGUGUGGUGAGCAUGACGGCAUACAUGGUGAGAUCGACCAGGCCAAGACAACCAAGGGCAGCAAGGGUUCUGCCAAACGCGAAGAAACCAAAGGCAAGAAGCUGGCCCGUCUGCGUGAAAGGGUCGUUUUGUAUGAUUCUACGUUGCAGAGCAUCGAGUUCAUCCUCGAGCUACCCGGUGUGGCAGCUGAUUCUACCUUUGUUCAGGAGCUUGGAGCUAAACGUUCCUACUUCCGGGCCUUGAGAUGUCUCACCAUUGGGCGGUCUCACAGUAUCCUUGGAAAAUAUAAAAACGCACUUGCGUUGUUUUCGCAAGCGUUGGCGCUCAGUCAGGAGUCUGCGAGCUCAGUUCAGUCCACCGCCGAAACGGAAGAGUUGCCGAAGCUUGAUAUCACACGCAACCAAAUCCAGACCCUCCAGUCAACCUUGCGGGCCCUGGUUUCACAGUACCGCGGGCUUGUCACUCUGGAGAAGAUCUCCGAGCAGCAAUCGAAAUCGGCCAGCGAGCGGCCGAUGGUUGAGCGGUUGCACGAGUACCCCGGCGACGGUUUGGAUUUGAAGAACCUCGUCCCAUACCCACCUCAGAUGGAACCAGUGCCAGUGAAGCCACUGUUCCUUGACGUCGCAUGGAAUUACCUUGACUAUCCCCGUGAGAAUGUGAACACCCAAGGUGCAGCUCCGACCUCAACUGAGCCAGCCACUGAGGAAAAGAAGGGAGGCCGACGCGGCUGGUUUAGCUUUGGCCGGUAAGGAAUGGGUAUGGUGGUUACGUUUGGUAUGAGCUGGAAUGAUCCUCCGUUAUUUGAUGCACAUAGGGCUUGGAUGUCAAAGGCAUUUCCACUUCUACUCGAAUGAGUCCAGUUAAUUGAUAGACUCAACAUUCAAAACCUUGAGUGAAUAUGAACAAGUGCAACGCAACGCUAUGGGCUGAUCGUGGCAGUUCACUCUAGUACCUAGUUGUAAUUGUAACCGCCUUGGCCCAUUUCCAGAUCAGGCAUGCCGAUGAGGAAGUGACUACCACUAUCACUCCUUGACACAGGUAAAAGAAGAGGUGGCUCUUCAUCAAAUGGCUAUGGGGCGUUGGGGUAGACACGUCGCUGUGCAAGUGGCUUUUGAUUUCAUUCUUUUUAGGUUUGCUAAAGUAUAUUGCCACUGUUGAUUCUUCCUAUUUGUCUUUCUCGAGCAACGGACGCUGGUUGCACGUUUUCCAUGUAUAGUGAAAUGUACCUAGUGCGUCGGAUCGAUUGUAUUAGUGCAAAUAUAUGUCGUCGGCGUACAUACAAGAGAGAUUAGUCAAAACAACGACAGAAGAACAAGGAGAAGGAAGGGAAAAAAA